AUGCGUUUCUCAAACGUUGUUGCCGCCUCAUUGGCCGGACAGUUCGCCGCUGCUCAUGCAAGCGGCAUGGAAGGCAUGCCCAAGACCUUUGGUAUGCCAAAAGAACUACGCGCUAGAAACCCUUUCGCUCGCCUCCAAACCCUUUAUGCUGCCCAUUCUGCGCCUGCCCUUGAGACGAGGCAGGACGUCGAACGCUGUGGUCCGGCAAACGGUAAUCAAAAAUGUGGCGGAAACGAUUGCUGCUCAGCAGCCGGCUACUGCGGAACCACAAAGGAUCAUUGCAAAGCACCCGACUGCUUAUUCAACUUCGGCCCUGGAUGCGAUGCCAACAAGACCCCAUCUGGUACAAGCACGCGCAACGUUCCCCGGCCCAAACUUGGCAGCGUUCCCUACGGUGGCGGAGGCAUCUAUGCCUGCAAAGCGCCUGGCACAGUAGCCAUCACAUACGAUGACGGACCAUUCGUCUACACCGAAUCCAUCAUGACGCAGUUUGAGAAAAGAGGAGGCCACGCCACUUUCUUCGUCACCGGCAACAAUCUCGGCAAGGGCGCCAUUGACCAACAGUGGGCUGGCGUUGUGCAGAAGAUGUACAAUAACGGCCACCAAGUCGCGUCGCACACAUGGAGCCACCAGGAUCUCUCCGCCAUCAGCCGCGAACAAGUCUACGACCAGAUGGUCAAGAACGAAAUGGCAAUCCGCAACAUCAUCGGCCGCUUUCCCACCUACAUGCGUCCCCCCUACUCGUCCUGCAACGGCCAGUGUCAGGAAAUCAUGGCUGAACUGGGCUAUGUUGUGAGUUACUUUGAUCUCAACACCGAUGACUACAACAACCUCACGCCAGAGAAGAUGGAGACGUCAAAGAACAACUUCAAGCAAGGAAUCGAUUCGCGCUCCGACCAUAGGCUCGCUAUUGCCCAUGAUAUUCACCAGCUUACGGCUGAGACCUUGACAGGAUACAUGCUUGAUUACCUUUAUGGCCAGGGGCUUCGCGCUGUUACCAUGGGUGAGUGUAUGCAGGAUCCCAAGGAGAACUGGUAUCGCCAAGGUUAG